AUGGCAAAUCCAGCGGCGACAACGGCUUCAGCAAGUCAGCAAGAUGAGCUUGCAGACGGAGUCCGUUACUAUAUCGUUCGAAAAGGCGCUGUCAUGGUCCCACUCAUUCCCGCCGAUCGACUGCCCUGCGAGCUUCUGGGUGUUCCACGACAACUUAGCCACCAACAAAUAUCCAAACAGAAAUUGGAAUUUGUCGCCGAAACCUCUGAGCCCGCUUCUCUGCUCCAUAUGCACAGUGUUGGAUCCGCCCAGUCAUCAACACCGAAGUGUCUAGCUCCAGAUCAUCUUGUCAGGACUGAGGCAUCAGAGCGCGAUCCUCAGAAGCAUGUGGAAGUGACCCCUGCACACGUGAGUAGAUCACUGUCUCCCAUCGAUAGUCAGGGCCCUAUAUAUCCUAAGGAUACCCAUCGCUCGGCACCUAUCCCACGAUCGCUACCCCCCUCAGGUGUCGAGCCUGACCCUUCGAAGAAGGAAUACUGCACUUACUGGAUACGAACCGGCGAAUGCGCUUACACUGCUGAGGGAUGCAAAUUCAAACAUGAUAUGCCCAGCAUGAACAAACUUCGUGAACUCGGGUUCACUAGACUUCCUCUAUGGUGGAAGGAGAAGACUGCUGUUCGACUUCAGCAGCCCUGGAUGCAACGACGCCUCCAUGAGAGCAAAGGAGAGCGUCCUGGCCAAGCACCCGCUGCUCCUGUUCGACACCCUCUUUUCAAACAUAUACUAGACCGUCAGAUGAAGGAGAUCAACGUUACUGUCACCAAAAAACGAGAGAACGAAAAGACAGAUAAUGGUGCAGGUCAGAAUGCGUCGAAAUCGCAAGUACCGAAACAUGAACACGACAGAACGGAAAAGGUAGUCAACCUCAUUGAUUUGGAACCUGUAGCGCCCCCGCCCAGCCCGUCUUCAACGUCUCCAGGCAAUACGCCAUCUCCCAUUGAUAGCGACUCCGAAUACCCAAUCAGUUCUUGUUCGUCAUCUGAUACUCAUGGUCCCCUGUCUCAUCAGGGUUCUCGCAAAGAUGGAAUGGCCACGAAGUCUUCUUCAAAACAACUUGGGUCAACUGUCGCCACAGACGUCAGCCAGAGGAGAAUGACAGUAUCCCGUCGAGAUUCUACCACUUCAAAAUAUUCGACUGAGUCAACCCAUGUUCAGCCUCCGCCGAGAUCGAAGAGCGGUCCACUACGACAUACCUCGGAAGCCAAAACCAAGAAGGCCCACAAAGAUAGCCGCCCAGCCUCGAACGACUUACCCCGGGGCAAGGGCGGCCUAGCCGACUCCAAAUAUGCAGCCACAGCUCCUGCAUCGCGAAAGACGAAGGCGAAGAAGAAGUCCACGCCAACUCGUGAGCCCAUGCCUCAGUCCCUUGCAGAGGAGAUCGACAAGGUCACUCGCGAGUACUUGCGAAAAGAAUGGCUCCGUACGCAGGAAAUCGGCAGACUCGGAUUGUAGCAGUGCCACCUCUGAACAAGCUGCAUGAGUUCCUCUUGAUACGUUGACGACAUCGCGCUCCCUCCGCAUCUAGUAUCGCAUCGUUCAAGAUCAUCCAUAUCAUAUUUCCGUUAUAAAGGGUUUCAUUUUAG